CCUAAAGGCCGCCGCCGGCUCCAGCACUACUGCGGCCGCGGCGAACGGCCGCGUGAAGCCUCCAACAAAUCUCCGCGUGUUGUCGCCUACCACCUGCCGUCUUCGUCGAUGAACUGGCCGCGCUCGGUGUCCGCUCCUGCUCCUUCCAAGGCUCCUUAAAAUCACCUCGUCUCACCUGCCGCCGGCCAGUGCCCCUUUAGCCCUUACUGAUUCGCUUACCCGUGAAGAGAUAUGGAGAAGGAAGAAAGUAAUAAGCCAAUAAUGCCGCCGAUUGAGACGGUGGAGUUACCGGAACUGCCGCGGGACAUCUUGAUGAAUAUAUUUGCUCGACUUGAAAUCCCUGACCUCGUCCGUGCCAGCUCCGUGCGUCCCUCUUGGCGCUCCGUCUACACCAGCCUACUCAACCUUGGGAAGUACAAACGGUCCCAGACGCCGUGCUUGCUCUACACUUCUGAAUCUGCUGGUGAGAACGUUGCCUGCCUCUACAGCAUCGCCGAGAAGAGAGUUUACAAGGUAAGUCUGCCAGAGCCACCGAUCUGCAGUAGGUUGCUGAUUGGAUCCUCUCAGGGCUUACUCGUUACUGUAGAUGAGCGAUCAGAAAUGCACAUAGUCAAUCCAAUCACCAGCGAACAGGUCGAUCUCCCUUCGGUGAUCACCAUCGAGCAGGUGAAGCCGGUCUAUGAUGACUCUGGUGCUCUCCGGAAGUAUCGGUACUCACGGCACACUGCAAAAGAGGUUUAUAGCCCCCCAAUGAUUGUUGAACUUGAUGAGCUGCGGGAGAUGCUUCACUAUAAGGCUUUUGUGUUUCCUAAUACGACCACUGGACAAUACAUUGUGGUGCUCUUCCACAAUCCACAUCGUCAGCUCUCGUUUACGAGAGUCGGGGAUGAUAGUUGGACCUGGCUGCCACCACGCCUUCACUACGAGGACUGCCUCUACAAGGAUGGACUUUUGUAUGCUGUGAACUAUGAUGGAGAAAUUGAUGUCUAUGAUCUUAGUGGCCCUACGGUCACGAUGCAGAUUGUUUUGGGGAUGACUGAUGCAAUAACGUAUAGUUGCAUGUACAUUGUGCAAGCACCAUGGGGUGAUCUUCUGCAAGUUUGGAAAUCAUAUAAGGAUUAUGAAUUACAUCCUGAGCCGGGGGCAUUUGUUUUUUGGAACACUGGCAAAUUUGAAAUAUAUGAAAUUGACAUCGAGAGGGGGGAACGUAAGAAAGUCAAAUGCUUGCAUGACCAUGCAUUGUUUCUUGGGCAUAAUCAAUCACUUUGUAUCAGUUCUGUAGAAUAUCCGGCUCUCAAGAGAAACCAUGCCUACUUUACUGAUGAUAGUUAUUUUUGGACAAGGGGAUUCGAGAAUAAUAGCCGUGAUAUUGCAAUUCUCAACUUGGAUAAUAACAUCAGGGAGGAACUUGUGUCACCUCAGCUUUGGUCCGACUUUCCAGCUCCAAUGUGGAUUACACUUGAUGUCAGAGCGAUGGACUCGGCUCUCAAAAAAUAGUAGUGAGUUUUUCUAUGUUUGCUGAUUUUCCAAUGGUGUACUGCAUAUGCAUUACUUCUUUUGGUUCUUAUGUUUUGGUGAGUUGAUAUAAAUGGCAGAGUCUUCAGCCUUA